CUCGCCUCUCGAGGAGAGGUCGCGGAGCCAUCAGGGGCCACGCACCCAGAGUGGACGGAGAGUGCAGAACCUUGACCGGCAAGCUGAGAAAAAAAGGCACGCCGGCUGUCAUGGAAGGGAGGAAGGCGAGAAGACCCGACUAGACGUGGCGGCGGUGGGAUUUUGUUUCCUGCGGUGGCGGACUGAUUUAGCAGUACGUUAACUUCCGGAAGCGUCCUGUCCCUGAGAGGAAAAGCCCUGAAGGAAACAAUAACAAACGACAGGAGGAAGCGCUUCUGGGUCUUCUGUGAGGAAUAGUUCUCUCCUAAGAAGAUGCGCUGCGGCCCCUGUGAGGAGACGUGAGAGGGCUUGGCGGCCGUCACCCAGCCUUUCCCGGCUUGUGCACCUCAGGGCCCCCUGGCUUUUACCAUGGCGGGCGUGGGCCCGGGGGGCUACGCGGCGGAGUUCGUGCCGCCGCCCGAGUGCCCGGUCUUUGAGCCCAGUUGGGAGGAGUUCACAGACCCGCUAAGUUUUAUCGGUCGCAUCCGGCCUCUGGCUGAGAAAACUGGCAUCUGCAAAAUCCGUCCACCCAAGGAUUGGCAACCUCCAUUUGCUUGUGAAGUAAAAACCUUCCGAUUCACUCCCAGAGUCCAGCGCCUGAAUGAACUUGAGGCAAUGACUAGAGUAAGAUUGGACUUCUUGGAUCAACUGGCAAAAUUUUGGGAACUUCAAGGAUCUACAUUGAAGAUUCCCGUGGUGGAGAGAAAAAUCCUGGAUUUGUAUGCUUUAAGCAAGAUUGUUGCCAGCAAAGGAGGUUUUGAAAUAGUCACCAAAGAGAAGAAAUGGUCUAAAGUGGGUAGCCGUUUGGGAUAUCUGCCAGGAAAAGGAACUGGGUCUCUUUUGAAGUCACACUAUGAAAGAAUUCUCUACCCAUAUGAGCUUUUCCAAUCUGGUGUCAGCCUUAUGGGUGUACAAAUGCCUGAUUUAGAUCUUAAGGAAAAAGUUGAAGCUGAGGUUCUCAGUACUGACAUCCAGCCUUCCCCAGAGCGGGGAACAAGAAUGAAUAUCCCACCAAAGAGAACAAGACGAGUUAAAUCCCAGUCAGACUCUGGAGAAGUAAAUAGAAAUACAGAACUGAAGAAACUUCAGAUUUUUGGGGCUGGACCCAAAGUAGUAGGCCUGGCAGUAGGAGCAAAAGAUAAAGAAGAUGAGGUCACCCGAAGACGGAAAGUUACCAACAGGUCAGAUGCAUUUAACAUGCAGAUGAGACAACGGAAAGGAACUCUCUCUGUUAACUUUGUCGAUCUCUAUGUUUGCAUGUUUUGUGGUCGAGGAAACAAUGAGGAUAAACUGCUUUUGUGUGACGGGUGUGAUGACAGCUACCAUACAUUUUGUCUGCUUCCACCACUUCCUGAUGUGCCCAAAGGAGACUGGAGGUGUCCUAAAUGUGUUGCUGAGGAAUGUAACAAACCUCGAGAAGCCUUUGGAUUUGAGCAAGCUAUAAGAGAAUAUACACUUCAAAGCUUCGGAGAGAUGGCAGAUAAUUUUAAGUCUGAUUAUUUCAAUAUGCCAGUGCAUAUGGUUCCUACAGAGCUAGUAGAAAAGGAGUUCUGGCGGCUAGUAAGUAGUAUUGAAGAAGACGUCAUUGUAGAGUAUGGAGCUGAUAUCUCUUCAAAAGAUUUUGGAAGUGGAUUUCCUAUAAAGGAUGGUCAGAGAAAGAUGUUACCAGAAGAGGAGGAGUAUGCACUUUCUGGUUGGAAUUUGAAUAACAUGCCUGUUCUGGAGCAGUCUGUUCUUGCUCAUAUUAAUGUGGACAUUUCUGGUAUGAAGGUGCCGUGGCUCUAUGUGGGAAUGUGCUUUUCUUCUUUUUGCUGGCAUAUUGAAGAUCACUGGAGUUAUUCAAUUAACUACUUGCAUUGGGGCGAGCCAAAGACAUGGUAUGGUGUACCAUCUCAUGCUGCAGAACAACUGGAGGAGGUGAUGAGGGAGCUGGCCCCUGAGUUAUUUGAAUCACAGCCUGACCUCCUACAUCAGUUAGUAACCAUCAUGAACCCAAAUGUGCUCAUGGAGCAUGGUGUGCCUGUGUACAGAACUAAUCAGUGUGCUGGAGAGUUUGUGGUGACGUUUCCUCGUGCCUAUCACUCUGGAUUUAACCAGGGAUACAACUUUGCUGAAGCCGUGAACUUCUGUACUGCUGACUGGUUGCCCAUUGGACGUCAGUGUGUAAAUCACUAUCGACGGCUGAGGCGCCAUUGUGUCUUUUCACAUGAGGAACUCAUUUUCAAGAUGGCAGCAGAUCCAGAAUGCUUAGAUGUGGGGCUGGCUGCCAUGGUAUGCAAAGAGUUGACUCUCAUGACUGAAGAAGAAACACGAUUGAGGGAAUCGGUUGUUCAAAUGGGUGUCGUGAUGUCAGAAGAAGAAGUCUUCGAACUUGUUCCUGAUGAUGAGCGGCAGUGUUCAGCAUGCAGAACCACAUGUUUUCUCUCAGCUCUCACAUGCUCCUGUAAUCCAGAGCGACUUGUAUGUUUGUAUCAUCCAACUGAUUUGUGCUCCUGCCCCAUGCAGAACAAAUGUCUUAGGUACCGAUACCCACUUGAAGACCUCCCAUCUCUGCUUUAUGGUGUCAAAGUGAGAGCACAGUCCUAUGACACUUGGGUCAAUCGUGUCACAGAAGCAUUAUCAGCUAGCUUCAACCAUAAGAAAGAUUUGAUUGAAUUGAGAGUAAUGCUGGAAGAUGCUGAGGAUAGGAAAUACCCAGAGAAUGAUCUCUUUCGAAAGCUCAGGGAUGCGGUAAAAGAAGCUGAGACCUGUGGUUCUGUGGCUCAGCUGCUUCUGAGCAAAAAACAAAAACACAGGCAGAGCUCAGAUAGUGGGAAGACUCGGACCAAACUGACAGUAGAAGAAUUGAAGGCCUUUGUCCAACAACUUGUUAGUCUUCCGUGUGUCAUCAGCCAAACUCGACAAGUAAAGAAUCUGCUGGAUGAUGUAGAAGAAUUUCAUGAACGUGCCCAGGAGGCCAUGAUGGAUGAAACUCCAGAUUCUUCCAAACUCCAAGUGUUAAUAGACAUGGGCUCUAGUCUCUAUGUGGAACUACCUGAAUUGCCCCGACUAAAGCAAGAGCUACAGCAGGCUCGGUGGCUGGAUGAAGUAAGACUGACUCUAUCAGACCCACAACAAGUCACUUUGGAUGUCAUGAAGAAAUUGAUUGACUCUGGGGUAGGCUUGGCACCUCACCAUGCUGUGGAAAAGGCAAUGGCUGAACUACAGGAACUUCUUACAGUCUCUGAACGAUGGGAAGAGAAGGCGAAGGUCUGCCUGCAGGCAAGACCACGGCACAGUAUGGCAAAUUUAGAAAAUAUUGUAAAUGAAGCCAAGAACAUUCCAGCCUUUCUACCCAAUGUGUUGUCCUUAAAAGAAGCCUUACAAAAGGCUCGUGAAUGGACAGCUAAAGUGGAAGCUAUUCAGAGCGGCAGCAACUAUGCUUACUUGGAACAGCUUGAGAGCUUGUCUGCUAAAGGACGCCCUAUCCCUGUGCGCCUCGAUGCCUUGCCUCAAGUGGAGUCACAAGUAGCAGCAGCGCGAGCCUGGAGGGAGCGGACGGGGCGGACCUUCCUUAAGAAGAAUUCCAGCCAUACAUUGUUACAGGUGCUAAGUCCACGAACAGACAUUGGUGUAUAUGGCAGUGGCAAAAACAGAAGGAAAAAAGUAAAAGAAAUAAUAGAAAAAGAAAAGGAGAAGGACCUAGACCUUGAACCUUUGAGUGACUUAGAAGAAGGACUGGAGGAGACGAGGGACGCAGCCAUGGUGGUGGCAGUUUUCAAAGAACGAGAACAAAAGGAGAUUGAAGCCAUGCAUUCCCUCAGAGCAGCCAACCUAGCCAAGAUGACCAUUGUGGACCGCAUAGAAGAAGUAAAGUUUUGUAUUUGCCGCAAGACAGCGAGUGGGUUUAUGCUACAGUGUGAGCUCUGCAAAGACUGGUUCCAUAAUGGCUGUGUUCCCCUUCCUAAGUCAGGUUCCCAGAAAAAGGGAUCCAGCUGGCAAGCCAAAGACGUAAAAUUCCUUUGCCCUCUCUGCAUGAGAUCCCGGAGGCCGAGGCUAGAGACUAUUCUGUCACUCCUGGUAUCCCUUCAGAAGUUGCCUGUACGAUUGCCUGAAGGAGAAGCACUGCAGUGUUUGACAGAGCGUGCUAUGAGUUGGCAAGAUAGAGCACGACAAGCUUUAGCCACAGAUGAACUGUCUUCUGCCCUGGCCAAACUCUCUGUGUUAAGCCAGCGUAUGGUAGAACAAGCAGCCCGAGAAAAAACUGAAAAGAUUAUCAGUGCAGAACUCCAGAAAGCAGCCGCCAAUCCAGACUUACAGGGACACUUACCUAGUUUCCAGCAGUCUGCUUUUAACCGGGUGGUGAGCAGUGUAUCCUCUUCCCCCCACCAAGCGAUGGACUAUGAUGAUGAAGAAACAGACUCUGAUGAAGAUAUUCGAGAGACAUAUGGCUAUGACAUGAAGGAUACAGCCAGUGUAAAGUCCUCUAGCAGUCUGGAACCCAAUCUCUUUUGCGAUGAAGAGAUUCCUAUCAAAUCGGAGGAAGUGGUGACCCACAUGUGGACAGCACCUUCAUUCUGUGCAGAGCAUGCAUAUUCUUCUGCUUCUAAGAGUUGUUCUCAAGGUUCUAGCACUCCAAGAAAGCAGCCUCGGAAGAGCCCUUUGGUUCCCAGAAGUUUGGAGCCUCCAGUAUUAGAAUUGUCUCCUGGAGCAAAAGCCCAGUUGGAAGAACUCAUGAUGGUUGGAGACCUCCUAGAAGUGUCUCUGGAUGAGACACAACACAUAUGGCGGAUUUUGCAGGCCACACAUCCACCCUCAGAGGACAGAUUCUUACAUAUCAUGGAGGAUGAUAGCGUAGAAGAGAAACCAUUAAAAAUGAAAGGAAAGGAUUCUUCAGAGAAGAAACGGAAGCGGAAAUUAGAAAAGGUAGAACAGUUUUUUGGAGAAGGAAAACAGAAGACCAAGGAGCUAAAGAAAAUAGAUAAACCUAAAAAGAAGAAAUUAAAAUUAAAUGUGGACAAAUCAAAAGAGCUGAAUAAAUUGGCUAAGAAGUUAGCAAAAGAAGAAGAGCGAAAGAAAAAGAAAGAAAAGGCUGCUGCAGCCAAAGUGGAGCUUGCGAAAGAGAGCACCGAGAAGAAAAGAGAGAGAAAGGUGCUGGAUAUCCCUUCAAAGUAUGACUGGUCGGGCGCAGAGGAGUCUGAUGAUGAGAAUGCUGUAUGUGCAGCACAGAACUGCCAAAGGCCGUGUAAGGACAAGGUAGACUGGGUACAAUGUGAUGGUGGCUGUGAUGAGUGGUUUCAUCAAGUUUGUGUUGGUGUAUCCCCAGAAAUGGCUGAAAAUGAAGAUUACAUCUGUAUAAACUGUGCAAAGAAGCAGGGGCCAGAUAGCCCAGGCCACGCACCACCUCCUCCCUUCAUAAUGAGCUACAAACUACCAAUGGAGGAUCUUAAAGAGACCAGUUAGCAGAUGUUUGGUUAGCUUGCAACAUGGGGGGAAGUGGACCACACUGAGACCUUACUCAUCAAGCAGAGUGGUUCUCACCACUCAGAAUGUUGUUUCCACAGAUGAAUGGACUUCAGAAGAAGUCCUCUUAGUGCUGGCUGCCUGUCUGCAUGGACUGUGUGGGCUCCAUUGCCUUAUCUGUGCAGAGGAUGGCUUCCCAGGUGCAGCAGCCAAGUAUCUCAACUCCUGACUCCUUUGGGUGUGGUUUGCUGAGUUAAGGUCAGGUUCUAAUGGAGCUCUCAGGAGGCUGUUCGGCACUAACACAUUGAUGUACUUAGUGGGGCAUAUGAGAAGUGGCUUUCAACCAGCUGGUGUUAGCUGUAGAAGGUUACAACUUAACGGUGGUGCCAUGGGAAGGCCUGAUUAUUUGAAUCUCCUUAGGGUAAUUGGAUAGGAGUCAGAGUACAACUCUGUCCGUAAUUACUGACACACAUGCCCUGCUGAUCCAGUUAGGAGAAGCAGGCCAGAGUUAUCCCUUCUAGAAGUCUUGGGGUGGCAGUGCAGUCUACGGACCUCAGCUGCUUGUGCUUAUUUACCAAUAAGAAAAUUCUCCAGAAGAGCCCCUCACUUUCCUCAGGAAGGUUCAAAAUCUGACUAGACUGGAUUCUGGAAGGAAGGGAGGGGUUUUUUUGUUUUGUUUUAUUUUGUUUGUUUUUUUUCUUACUUCAAGGCAAGUAGCCCAUUGGUUUGAGAAGUCCGUCUGGGUCUGUGUUUUAGCGAAGAAAGGUAGGUGCACGGAUCCAGGUUUCUGGAGGGAGUAGGGAUGACAAGUGAGAACAUUCUACUGAGCCUCAGUGAUGCAUGCUUAUCUGGGAAACCCUCAUUCACAAGUAUUCCAGACUCCACCAUGCUUCACGCAUGGCCAUGAGCAAGACUGGCAAAUAACAGCUUUUGCCUUGCAGCCCUAACCCUAGUGCUUGUAGUUUCCAACAUGGUCCCAGCAGAUGUUGAUGAAUAACACCAUGGCUUCAUCAGAGGAUGUGGGGCUGUAGGUCCUCUGGGUGUGAAGCUGUUCUAGUAAAUCCGUUUUUAAAAAGAAAGACUUGUUUUUACUUUUUUCUAAAUGUCUCUGACUACUGACUGUUCUAUAGAUUAUUUUUCCUUUUUUGAUAUACAUAUAUAAAUAUAGAUAUAUAUAUAUAUAUUUACUGUUACCAGCAGCGUAUGAUAGAGUUUGAGCAUCAAAAAUCCAUUUGGGAACUUGUAUUUUCUUUCGCUUUUUGAUAAAGAAAUCCCAUUCCUUCCUUGUAGUACAAGGAGCUAGCACUUCGUUCUUCAUUCUCGCCUAAGCAUAUCCUCCAUUUUUCUUCUAUUCUAUUCAAGAAGAUAAUAUAUUUCUUCCAUGUUGGGACUUGGUCCCUGUCUGUUGGGCAGCUUGGUCUUAUUCUAGUCAGUGCUGAAUGUUUUGUAUGUUUGAAACUAUGGUGCUGUGCCCCCCUCCCAGCCCACCCCCAUUGGGUUCUGUGUUCUUAUGAAGGUCUUAGUUGUAGUCUAUAAACUCCACAACAAGGGGACUAAUAUAUUUUAAAGGACAAAAAGGUUUUCUAAAAAUAGUGUUUAUCUUCACUAUCCUUUGUUCUUUAUUUUAGUUUAAGAAUCUGCAGUUUGACUUAAACUCAUCAUUUGUCCUAUUAAAGGGGGCAUUGAGCAAACCUAGAAAGUUUGUAGCCUCUGUUCCCCUUUGCCCCAGUCUCUUAAAGAAAUGUCUUCUAGUAACUAGAAGUGAGAUGUACUGUCCAGUUACAGACUGUGUGGGUAUGAGGGUUACCUCAAAAGGCAUCUUAGGAAAAGAAAAAGGUUUCUUACAAAACCCCUAUCCCAAGUGCUAACCAGGCUUGACCCUGCUUAGCUUCCAAGGUCAGAUGAGACACAUACAGGUGGUACGGCUGUAGGUACAACAUCCAGUUUCUGAAAAAUGCUUUCUCUGGUUUAUACUACCUACUUUUUGGUCUCUUUACUUAAUGUUAAGUAAUAUAGCUUGACAAGUUACGUUGUUUGAAUGUGUUGCUAUGCUUGUGUCUUGAAUUUCCAUCUCAAUGUGAGUAUGAGUUAAGAUUUCAGUAGUGUUUACAAGGUUAAUUAAGUAAACAGUUAACUUCACACAUUUUCAUUUUGCCAAACAUGAAGAUUAUCACUUCAGAAUUUUAUUUGGUUAUUGUUAUAAUGAAAAAAGCACAAUGUAAGAAAUAUUUUUAGUCUUUGUAAAAGACUUACUCUUAGUAAGAAACCUUUUAGUCUUUGUAAAAGACUUGAAAUACCUGUGGUUUAAAAAUUGAGUGUACACCAACCCUUCAGAAAUUUACAGUGUAAGUGAUAGAAUCCCAGAAUACAUUUUACACUUUUGAUUUUUCCUUCCAAUUAACUACUUUCCAUUAACUGUGUUAUCAAUAGUAAAGUUGGGGAUACUGAAAGGUGACUGUUUGAGUAAUAAUUUGUGUUCUUUGUACAGUGUUUGUCUGUUGGAGACCUCAGAGAUAGGCAGUCUGUACCUGUGAAUAGCUGCCUGUCAUCUUCUGAUGUUUUGAAACUUUUAAAUAUAUAAUUUAAUUGAUUCAUUUGACUCUUCUGUACUUAUUUGAAGAAUUUGAUUUGUCUUAAGUAUAGAUUUAGACAAAAACUCAAAAGACCAUAAGAGAGAGGCUGGUUAAGAAUACUGGCUCCUCUUCUAGAGGUUUAUACAGGUUCAGUUCUCAACACUACAUGGUGACUCACAGCCAUCUGUGUCGUCCUCUUCUGGAUUCCAAGAGCUCUGUACACAUGUGGUACACAGAUACAUUCUAGAAAUACUCACAAAUAUAAGUAAUGAAAAUCUUGUUUAAAAUUUUCUUUUAAGGAUAUAAGAGAAGCUAGCACUCCACCCACAAAUUAAAAACCCUAUAGUUUGUGAGUUAAUGAAAUAAGACUCAUCUAUUUAAGGAGAAGUAGAUGUUCUAAUGUAAAACUUUGUUUCACGAGAAUUACAAGUAACUCCAUUCUUCUGUAUCAUUUGUUUACAUUUUGUAUUAAAACUUGAUUUAUGUUUCUCUUUCUGCCUCCUCAAAGUUGCAGUUCUUCAUUAUUAGCAUUUUAACUUAAGCAUUUAAUAUUUUUUAAACUAUUUCUCAUUGCCUUCAUUACAAAUAGUUUGACAAAGGUAACAUGGAAUGAAAAAAAAGUUGAAGUAUGCCUGCUGUUUUGGCACACUCAGUAAACUAGCCAGGGCUACAUAAUGAGACCCUGUCUCAAAAAAAAAAAAAUAGGAGUUAAGUCUUUGAUAAUUGUUCACAGGGAAGGCCAAUUAGAACUGUGCAGUCCCCAUGUUCAGAAGUACAAGGGAGCAGUAGUUACUGGUCCUUAAUUGGAGGAGAAGAGGUGGCAUCAUCAUCCUCUCACAGACGUUUGUUUCACCUCCUGGCGUUCCUGCAAAAGCCAUGCGCAGUGGCUGCUAUGAGCCAACUCUGCCCAUCUGACUCUGACUUGAGCCGCAGUGAGAGAAUGAAUUACUGUGUCAUACUUGGAAGAGCUGAAAGGCAGACAGACAUUCAGUCUGUGAUGGCCCAUGACCUGACAGGAACAUGGCAGACACUGCCAGGUCCUGGAGUCAGCAUGAUUUCACAAAUGCUUCCCUUCCCUUCCAGCUCGGCUUUGUGUCCUCAACUGGGCCUGAGAAAUGUCCAUUUGUUCUUCUUAGUUUGCUGGACAGAGUUCAGUGCACGUAAAGAAACUGCUUGUCAGCUGGGCAUGGUGGUAUACACUUUUAAUCCUGACACUUGGGAGACAGGCAGACUGGUUUAUACAGUGUGUUCCACAACAGCCAGAGCUGCAUAAUAAUAGAACUUGUCACCAAAAAAAAAAAAAAGAAAGAAAAGAAACUGCUUGUCAGUGUGUUAAGUGUGUCAGCCAGUAAAGUAGAAAUGAUGGAAAAAUAAAGCCUGCCUUUGCCAAGCAGUUUAGGUGCACGCUUUUAUUUCCAGCACUCAGGAGGCAGCAGCAGGAAGAUCUCUUUGAGUUUGAGGCCAACCUGGUCUACAGAACAAGUUCAAGGACAGCCAAGGCUACAGAGACCCUGCGUCAAAAACACAAAGCCUUCCUUUCAAAAGGUUAAAACUGUCUGCCUUUGGGAUAAAACAGCAAUUUGGAGUAGAUGUUGGAAACUGCAAAGUGUGAAGAUUCUAAGCUGUUGACGUCCCAAAUAACCCAGAACCCAAGUCCCACGAAGUUUCACAUGUGAAUUAGCUUUAUGUGUGCAGAGUGUUGCUUUCAUAGUAGGUCCUUAAGCACACUAUCUUUCAGGUUGCUGUCCCUUUAAAUCAAACCACACCAUUACUUUGAGUAUGACUUUGCCACGUGGUAUUUUCAACACACGGGGAAAGAGUGGACAUUGAUGUCUUUGAGAUUGGAGUAUUCCCUUGGCCUGGAUCCACUCACCACUGUACAACAUAGGAUAUACACUGGGAAAGGAUAGCGUUGCUCUCCUACAGUAAUGUGUCUGUCUAAACAGUAUAUUUUAAGAACUUCAGCCUCCCCCAGUUGAUGAUCCCUUUACAUUAAGUUGUGCCAGGGUUGUUGAUUGUGUAGAAGAGUGAUGUGACUUAUUUGCCUGAGUAAAUUGUUCUCAGACUUACAACCUUCCUUCGCCAGCCCAGGCCUACAAUGUUUUCAGCCUCUGAGACUUAAACUGCUGAAUAGCUCACCCCUUCUAGCUCUUUGUGAGCUCUGGCUUUUCUCUCUGCUCUGCUUGAAUUGCUCUGAUUAGCCUCAAACUAACUCUAGCAAUCUGUUCCAAUCUUCUGGCUCCUUCUCAUUCUGUCUUUACCAGUAUCCUUGUGUCUAGCUUGUUUUCUCUUCAACCUGUCACUGUAAAACUCUCCUAGUACAACUGUCUCUGAAUUCCACAAACUCCGCCUGCCUUUGAACUGAUUGACUCAAACGAACUGAACAGAACUGACUAGCACUCGAUCUGCAUGCCUCUUUCUCCUGAGAGCUGGCGUUAAAGGUGUGUACCCCCACAUCUGGACUUCUUGUUACCUGAAAUUUGCUUUAUACAGACUGGCCUUGAAUUCAGAGAUCUUACCUAGGUCUCCUGGGAUCUGUAUUCCAGGCAGAUCCCACAAACCUAGGUUUUGGAAGGUGAUCUCUUACCAGAACAGCCAUGUUCUGAAUUAAGGAAUAUUCCUUAUGGAAAUUAUAACUUGAUUUCAUGAUGUUUAAGCAUGUUUUUUGUUUGUUCUUUGUUUUUGUCUGAACUGUGGUUAAUUUUAUUACGUCGUUUGUUUUCCAUGAUGUUUGUGCUCAAAAUUCCCCAUCCCAACUCUCAGUCAGUCUCAUCAUUUCUAUUGGUGGUGAUCUCAAAUGGUUAUGUAAAUGUAAAUCCUGAGAAUAAGUACUGAAAAUCCUGAGGGAAUUAGCCAAUAAAAAGGAGCCGUUUUUAACCUGGA